AUGGUGGCGCGUUUCAGGGGCGCGCUGGGAGGUUUUGGGGUGCUGGAGAGUGUUGGGGCACUGCAGGGAGGUGGGGACAUCGGCAGAUUAUGGGGUACUGGGGGCAUUGGGGUGACGUUCCGGGUGGAGCGGGGGGAGCUGGUGAUCGCCCGCAUCCUGCACGGGGGGAUGGUGGCGCAGCAGGGGCUGCUGCACGUGGGGGACGUGAUCCGCGAGGUGAACGGGCGCGAGGUGGGCAGCGACCCGCGGGCGCUGCAGGACAGCCUGCGCCACGCCAGCGGCAGCGUCGUGCUCAAGAUCCUGCCCAGCUACCAGGAGCCGCACCCGCCCCGCCAGGUACCGCCCUGGAUCCCGCGCGGCAUCCCAAACCUGCAUCCCAAUCCUGGAUCCCAACCUGCAUCCCAAACCUGCAUCCCAAUCCUGGAUCCCAACCCUGCAUCCCAAUCCUGGAUCCCAACCUGCAUCCCAAACCUGCAUCCCAAUCCUGGAUCCCAACCCUGCAUCCCAAUCCUGGAUCCCAACCUGCAUCCCAAACCUGCAUCCCAAUCCUGGAUCCCAACCCUGCAUCCCAAUCCUGGAUCCCAAACCUGCAUCCCAAUCCUGGAUCCCAACCCUGGGGGUCUUCGUGGGGCUGGGCGGUCCCCACGCGUGGCUCUGUGUCCCCAGGCGUGCCACGUGGAGGGCGGCAGCGCGGGGCUGGUGCCCAGCCAGCUGCUGGAGGAGAAGCGCAAGGCGUUCGUCAAACGGGACGGGGAGGUGGCGCCCACCUCGGGGGCCCUGUGCGGCAGCCUCAGCGGGAGGAGGAAGAAGAGGAUGAUGUACCUGACGACGAAGAACGCCGAGUUCGACCGGCACGAGCUGCUGAUCUACGAGGAGGUGGCGCGGAUGCCGCCGUUCCGCCGGAAAACGCUGGUGCUGAUCGGCGCUCAGGGCGUGGGGCGCCGCAGCCUCAAGAACAAGCUGAUCAUGUCGGACCAGGCGCGCUACGGCACCACCAUCCCCUGUGAGCGUCCCUGUCCCCGCGGGCAAGGCCAUCCCUGUCCCCUGAGUGUCCCUCGGGGACUCUGCAGAGCACCCCCCAGCCCCAGCCCGACCCCGCUGUCCCCCCCGUUAGAGUGCCCCAAACCUGGGGAGGGGCAGAAGCUGCCGGUGGGGUCCCAUGGGGGGCACAGCCCCCAAAACAGCUGA